UGUUCACACCUAUGGAUACAUUGGAGUUGCUAUAACAGUUUGUUUUUCUCAAUCCAGGUCUGAUGCACGCAGGUUAUCCUAUCAUGGCACACAAGGCCACAGCAGCUCAGCUGGUCAGCACUGCCCAUAUUCGGGGGAAAGGCCUGUGGGGGCCCAUCCAUGAACUGGGACACAACCAACAGAGAGGCUGCUGGGAAUUCAGACCAAACACCACAGAGUGCACAUGCAACCUGUGGUCAGUGUAUGUGCAUGAAGAGGUGUUCGGGAUCGAAAGGGGAAAGGCUCAUGGAGCUAUGGGUUUAGAAAAACGAAACGGACGGGCAAAGACUUACGCUGAGGGGGGCAAGAAACUCAACACCUGGAGCAUGUGGGUGGCCCUGGAGACAUACAUGCAGCUCCAAGAUAAGUUUGGCUGGGAUGCCUUUAAGAAAGUGUUUGCUGCCUACUUCAAGAUCAGCUCUCCAAAGGACAACAAUGGAAAGAUGAACCUGUAUGCUGUGACCUUCUCCCAGACUGUGGAGAUGAACCUGUCUGCGUUCUUUAAGUCCUGGGGCUGGCCCAUCGACGCAGCCACUGAGGAGAAACUCAGCACCCUGCCUCUCUGGAGCGACCACCCCAUGGUUCAGUAUGGCUGAACUGCAGACUGCUGCUCAUUAAAAAUGCAGGGAGAUGGGUCCAAUGAGGACCAAAUGGACAGUGACAAUUUAGUGGGUUAACGCAGUGGUUCUCAAAUGGGUGUACGUGGACCCCUAGGGGUAGGUGAGAGUACUGCAGGGGUACGUGAGAUUUAUUUUAUGUUAAUGAAAAAAACAACACAAGUAAUACAUUUAAACAAACUACUAAUAGUAGAUUAACUACUUUAUUCAAAAG